GCUCUCAGCUGUGGCCCGUGGAAUAGAGCGGCUUCCGGGGCGCGCGCCUCUCCGCGACCCCCCGGUUGUGCGGCGCGCGCCCUGCUGUUGGUUGGUCGCGCCGUCCCGAGUGCGUGCCGGACGCCCCCUCCGAGCGGAGGGCCGGCAGCCUGGCGGACGAGCGACUCGCUGCGUGGGGAACGUGGAGGGUUGGGCCCUUCCUGCUCUGGUGACGUCCGGGGCAGCGGUGGCCUAGGUCCGCAGAGAAACCUAGCGGCUUUGCUGUCUGGCUUGCGGCUCCUUUUCCUCUGCGAGGCAGACAAGAUUGCUCGUACUAACUGAAGAAUGCUGUCAUUUAAGGGAGGCCCACGUACUGGAAUGUUAGAAGUCUUAAGAACUCAGGACAAGCAGCAGACAUACAUGCAACAUGGUGACUGGAACCCUAAGGACUCUGCAAUAUGAAUAAUUCUCUGGAGAAUACCAUCUCAUUUGAAGAGUACAUCCGAGUGAAGGCAAGGUCUGUCCCCCAACACAGGAUGAAGGAAUUUCUGGACUCACUGGCGUCUAAGGGACCAGAAGCUCUUCAAGAGUUCCAGCAGACUGCCACCACCACCAUGGUGUACCAACAGGGUGGGAACUGCAUAUACACAGACAGUACUGAAGUGGCUGGGUCUUUGCUUGAACUUGCUUGUCCAGUCACAACCAGUGUUCAACCACAAACUCAGCAAGAACAGCAAAUCCAGGUUCAGCAGCCACAGCAGGUUCAGGUACAGGUGCAGGUACAGCAGUCUCCACAGCAAGUCUCAGCUCAGCAACUUUCCCCUCAGUUCACCGUUCACCAGCCUGCUGAGCAGCCUAUCCAGGUCCAGGUGCAGAUCCAGGGCCAACCACCGCAGUCAGCAGCCCCCUCCAUCCAGACCCCGUCUCUGCAGAGCCCCAGCCCCUCGCAGCUGCAAGCAGCCCAGAUCCAGGUGCAGCACGUGCAGGCAGCCCAGCAGAUACAGGCUGCAGAAAUCCCAGAGGAACAUAUCCCACAUCAACAAAUCCAGGCUCAGCUGGUGGCUGGCCAGUCUCUUGCUGGGGGUCAGCAGAUUCAAAUCCAGACCGUGGGUGCCCUUUCCCCGCCACCGUCCCAGCAGGGCUCACCCAGGGAAGGAGAACGGCGGGUUGGCACAGCCAGUGUCCUUCAGCCAGUGAAGAAACGCAAAGUGGACAUGCCCAUCACCGUGUCCUACGCCAUCUCAGGGCAGCCAGUGGCCACCGUGCUGGCCAUCCCACAGGGCCAGCAGCAGAGUUACGUGUCUUUGAGGCCAGACUUACUGACAGUAGACAGUGCCCACUUGUACAGUGCCACUGGGACCAUAACUAGCCCUACAGGAGAAACUUGGACCAUCCCUGUUUAUUCUGCCCAGCCCCGGGGGGACCCUCAGCAGCAGAGCAUUACUCACAUUGCCAUUCCCCAGGAAGCCUACAACGCAGUCCACGUCAGUGGCUCGCCCACAGCCCUGGCAGCUGUAAAGCUGGAGGAUGACAAGGAGAAGAUGGUGGGCGCCACAUCUGUAGUGAAAAACUCCCAUGAAGAGGUAGUGCAGACCCUUGCAAACUCUCUCUUUCCAGCACAGUUCAUGAAUGGCAACAUCCAUAUUCCAGUGGCUGUGCAGGCCGUUGCAGGCACGUACCAGAAUACGGCUCAGACUGUACAUAUAUGGGACCCACAGCAGCAGCCACAGCAGCAAACUGCACAAGAACAGACACCACCACCACCCCAACAGCAGCAACAGCUCCAGGUUACUUGUUCAGCACAAACUGUUCAGGUUGCUGAAGUUGAGCCACAGUCACAACCACAGCCUUCACCAGAACUUUUGCUUCCAAAUUCUUUGAAGCCAGAAGAAGGACUCGAAGUAUGGAAAAACUGGGCUCAAACCAAGAAUGCUGAACUAGAGAAGGAUGCUCAAAACAGACUGGCCCCCAUUGGGAGGCGCCAGUUGCUACGAUUCCAAGAAGAUCUGAUCUCCUCUGCUGUGGCCGAAUUGAAUUAUGGCCUCUGUUUAAUGACACGCGAAGCUCGUAAUGGAGAAGGUGAACCCUACGACCCAGACGUACUCUACUACAUUUUCUUGUGUAUACAAAAGUAUCUUUUUGAAAAUGGAAGAGUAGAUGACAUAUUUUCUGAUCUUUACUAUGUUCGUUUCACGGAGUGGUUACAUGAAGUUCUGAAGGAUGUGCAGCCCCGUGUCACUCCUCUUGGCUAUGUUCUGCCCAGCCACGUGACUGAAGAGAUGCUGUGGGAGUGCAAACAGCUUGGGGCACACUCCCCUUCCACACUGCUGACCACCCUCAUGUUCUUUAAUACCAAGUACUUCCUGUUGAAGACAGUAGAUCAGCACAUGAAGCUGGCUUUCUCCAAGGUCCUUCGACAGACAAAGAAGAACCCCUCAAACCCUAAGGAUAAAAGCACGAGUAUCCGCUAUCUGAAGGCCCUUGGAAUCCAUCAGACUGGCCAGAAAGUUACAGAUGACAUGUAUGCAGAACAGACAGAGAAUCCAGAGAAUCCAUUGAGGUGUCCCAUCAAGCUGUACGAUUUCUACCUCUUCAAAUGCCCCCAGAGUGUGAAAGGCCGAAAUGACACCUUUUACCUGACACCUGAGCCGGUGGUGGCUCCCAACAGCCCAAUUUGGUACUCAGUCCAGCCGAUCAGCAGAGAGCAGAUGGGACAGAUGCUGACCCGCAUCCUGGUUAUACGAGAAAUCCAAGAAGCCAUUGCCGUGGCCAGCGCAACCACCAUGCACUGAGGUGCCUCAGCCUCAGUAGACAAAAAAAGAAAAAAUCCAGGAAAAACCAGACAAAGACUUUUACACUAAAGAAGAAGAGGCCUCCAUUUUUUCUUUCUUUUUUUUUUUUCUUUUUUUUUUUUUUUUUCCCCCGGACCUAAUUGUAGUUACGAUGCUUUUCAGGCUACUUCUGUUAAAAAUGUAAAAGGCAGCAUUGUCCCUUUGAGUCUUCGUAGAUGUGUGGGCAGACCCCUUGAUUCGUGGGGCCUUGGGAUUUUGAGAGCCAGAUGUCCUAAGAAGUGGCUGGCUUUUAUUCUUUCUCUUUUUUUUCUUUUGUCUGGGGCAUAGGGAAAGGGUCUUGGACUGUUGGGACAAAUAUGGGCCCUUCCCUUUCACGAGGAAGAUGGAGCUGCUGAUGGAUCAAUCUCCUGGGGAUCUCCGCCUGACUUCGCUUUGGACUGACUACAUGGAGCCACAGUUUUUUCUUCAUGCUCAGACAUAAACUUAGCAUCUUAAUGAAAGAAAAAUGAGAGGAAAUUCAAUUAUGAUUUUAUUAAAGACAAUUUCUAUUACACCCUCCUUUAUGACAAGUGACAUAGAUGUUAAAGUAAAAACUUUACCAUGCCUUUUUUUUUUUCUUGGCCUAACAUUGAGGCCUUAAACCUGAGGCUGCUGUGCCUGAUGGAAUUCUUGUAACAUACACUUGUGUAUCAUAUAAAGAUACCACUCUUUCUCUUAUGUAUUCUUAUUCUAGUUGUUUAUUAAGAAUGACAAGCACGUCUUUUCAACA